UCGUCGUCGUCGUUCCCCCUCUACCAAAGGGGCUUUUGUAUAUCGCCUCUCUGUCUCCGGCACUUCCUGUGUUCCGCCAACACGUUCACCUGUCUACCGCCACCUGCCUCUGGUGGUUACCUAGGCGUACACGGGGGCCCGGCCCGCUUACGCCUUACGCCCCGCCGGUCGCCGGCCGCCGAAGCGUGAUAUCCCGAGGGACCUUAGUUUCGCCUAGCGCACCGGUGGGGCCGCGAUCUUGUCGCGUGUACACGUCGCACGUACGCCGGCAAUGCGACCGCACGCGAUUGUGCAGUCGACUUUACGCUGUCGCGCGGCUGCGGGCGCACACGCGAGCGAGUUAUCCCCUCGUUCCGAUAAGCAGGGACGUUCGCCGAGGGCCGCGGACGAUAGAUAGAACUCCAGGCGGUUCGACGAACUCCAGACGAACGCGCGCGAACAUCUCGCUUCACCGGACAGUCGCGAAGACGUUCGCGACGACUCGCGCGGAUAUUUCGACAUUUCAUUCGGGAAACACGGAGCUCCGGGUCGCGUCGCGCGCGCGUGUCAGAGGGAGAAUAUCGAACAUAUUAUAACAUAUUAGACGAUGUUUGAACAUCACAUUCGAACAUUCCGUGCGCGCCGAUCCGCUGAGACACGCGAAGCUGAACGUCGGCAACUUAUUUCAAGUUCUAAAUAAAUACAAACUCGAGCGUCGAGAUAAGAUAGAGAGGGACAAGUUUGAUGUAAGUUUAGGGGGAGAAAAUGAGUUUAAGGUAAACUUGUUUUCUAACCGAGUGCGAUUGAAAGAAGGCUUUGGAGGCAAGUUCAAGAUAUUACAGUCCGCGAGAACUUGGUGAUCACGCUUGAAUUGCGACACCACCUGUCGACGCUGUUGAAUCGUUAAAGAGCACCGGUCCUCGUCCAUCUCGACGACGCCUGCUUUGGUUCCUCGACGCGGACAGCCGAACGCAUCGACCUAUGAUGUCAACCGGAUAUCUGAAACGAUGGUGCGCGGUCUGUCGCAGUGGACCAAGACCCUGAGCUUCCCGGCGAGGGUGUCGCCUCAGAGACCCGCCAAGGAGUCCAAGGGUUUCCACGUAAGCCCCAGCGCUAGCCCCACGUCACCGCCCAGCCCGAUCAACGACACCAUGGACAAAGCGCCUAUAAUUACCGACGAGAACUUCCAAGACACGGAGGCAGAAAAGGCAAUAAUGGGCUCCAUCGUAUACUGCAUACAUCACAAGGACGGCUGCAAAUGGUCGGACGAGCUGAGGAAGUUGAAGGCGCACCUGAACACGUGUAAGCACGAUGCAGUUCCUUGCGGCAAUAAAUGCGGGGCGAUGAUUCCUCGCGUACUCAUGGAGGACCAUCUGAAGUACACCUGCGCUCAGCGUAGAGCCCGUUGCGACUUUUGUGCCAAAGAAUUUACCGGACACACCUUAGAGAAACACACGGGGACAUGCGGUUACGAGCCUCUUUAUUGCGAAAACAAGUGCGGCAUGAAGGUGCAAAGGCGACACCUCGGCCAACACAAGCUGGGGGAGUGCGCCAAGAGACUAGUCGCCUGUCGUUACUGUAACAAAGAAUUCGUUUUCGAUACGCUCGGCGCACAUCACGCGAAAUGUGGCCGAUUCCCGGUUGCAUGUCCUCAUCGUUGCGAAACCGCGGUGCUGCCCCGAGAGGAUCUCGAGGUUCAUCUGAAGGAUCAUUGCACCACGCAUCUACUUUCCUGUACGUUCAAGGACGCCGGUUGCCGCUUCAAGGGAAAUAGGUUCUCGCUGGAUAAACAUCUGGAAGAAUCCGCAAAGAUGCAUCUAAGCCUCAUGUGUAGCCUGGUGACGAAGCAGCAACAUCAAAUUACGAGCUUGAAAUCAGCGAUUAGCAAGCUGUCGUUAAAUUACACGGGCACGCUUAUAUGGAAGGUCACGGAUUAUGCCGCCAAGAUGUCGGAAGCGAAAGCGAAGGAAGGAAUGGAGCUUGUCAGUCCACCUUUUUAUACUAGUCAAUAUGGAUAUAAGUUACAGGCUUCCAUUUUCUUAAACGGAAACGGGACCGGAGAGGGCAGUCACAUUUCAAUAUACAUAAAGAUCCUACCCGGCGAAUACGACGCGCUCCUGCGAUGGCCGUUCUCGCACAGCGUGUCGUUCACGAUGUUCGAUCAGACGGUCAUCGCGGAAAAGGCCUGCAACAUUGUGGAAAGCUUCAUACCGGACCCGACCUGGAAGAAUUUUCAGCGACCGAGCCGCGAACCGGAUUCUCUUGGUUUUGGCUUCCCGAGAUUCGUUUCUCACGAGAUGGUGAAGAAACGACACUUCGUCAAAGACGAUACCAUGUUCAUUCGAGUUAAAGUGGAUCCCAGUAAAAUCGUAGCAGUUUAAGGGAACACGGGAAUGAUUCUGAAACGUUACACUUCUGGAAACGCGGAUUUUAUGACCGGCAUUCAUAGUCCGAUCUUAUAUUCCAGAUCUUAUCGUCCUGAGUACGAUCUCGAGGCGUUGUACGAUCGCUUCAUUGGUUGCAUGGAGUUUUAAGAUCGCCAAUCUCAACCAGACUCAAGACGAUCUUAGAUAUAAGAUCAGACUAUGAACGCCUUAUGUGAUAUUUUUUGAGUACUCGCUUGAGCGAGACGUACGGUACUUAUGUCGUUUUACAUAAUGCACGGUAGUUCAAAUUAAAAUCGACUGAAAACGCACGGAAACCUAUGCUGCCGCCUGUCUGCGUCAUAAUAGUUUUCACUUAUUAACUCAUGUUAUUGAAAAUAUUGCCCCGAUAAUUGUAAUAAUAAUUAAUUUAUUAACAUUGCCAAAUGCGUAAUGCGCCAGAAUGCAUUUAACAUUUUCGAUUUUCUUAUUCUUUUUUAUCUAAUUUCUUUAUCGUAUGUGGCGUGUAAUCAAGACACACAAAAAUUUAAUAUUAAUUACUUAUUAUUAUGCGACAUUUUGCGAGUACUUUUGCUGUCUUUCUAAUAAUUCUUACGAAAAAUGUAUAUUUUCGAAAACUCUUAACGAAUGAGAGCGAGACGCCUUGAUUUUUCUAAUGAGUGGCCUUACGAUCGCGCAACUACUUUUAAGGAGAAAAAAAUCAAAGAUUGUUAAGGGACUGUGUGUACUGUAGGCUUAGCAAAUGUAAAUAUAAAUGCGAAAUGCCAUACGAUAAUGGACAACGAAGAGCAAUCGAGACAGAUGCACCAAUGUAAAUACGCACUUAUUACACGUAGUAAUAAUGAGAAAAUGUGAUCGAGAUAUGCUAGUGAAUGUAUGUAACAAUUUGAAAAUAAGUUGGCUAAUAAAAGCGUUAUAUAAUAUUCACAUAUAAAA